AGUGUCAACAAUAAUUAUAAUUUUUAACCAAAAUUUGUGCAAAAUAUUAUACAAGAGAAUACAAUAAAAGGUGUAUCUAAGUGUAACUAACAAAAAGUAAUCUAGAGACAUAAACAUAAAAAUGGUUGUGUAUGGUCCUGAAGAUGUAAAAUUAGCAGAUAACACUGCCUGUGCUUCUAUAAGAGCCGACCUUAAGAUUUGUUUAUUAAAUAGUUCUUGUUGUAAAGUGGAAAAGAAGACUCCAAGGCAAUGUUUAAAGGAAGGACAGAUUUCUGAUGAAUGUCAUCAAUUACGGCAGAUUUUUUUCGAAUGCAAGAGGUCGCUGCUUGAUAACCGAAGAAGGUUUCGAGGACUCAAAGGAUAUUAAUAAAACUAAUAGAUAAUGUAAAUAUUUAUUUUUGUUUGCUUAGU